AUGGCUCAACAGCCCAUGACGCCCUUCUGGCCAAUUUUCCCCUCAAAGUCGGACGGCCAGCACAUUGUCAACAUGAAAGGCCGGCCGCUCAGGAAUGGCCCGACGGAGGAGCAGCUUAACAUGUCGCCCAACGAUCAGGGCCAGCGCGACUUUUACCGUCUGAUCGAAAAAGACGACCCGAAACACCAGGACUGGCGCAAGAAGUUGGGGGGGAUGCUCUUGCGGGAGCUUGGGGGCAAGCAGUAUGAAGAUAAAUGGCAACAAUGCAUCUUGUGGGAAUUUCCGGAAAACUACGUCUUAUACGAGCACAUCAAGACAAAGGCUGACGGCCAAGUGAAGACAGUCAAGAAUCACUCUGGCGGUGGACACGACAGACAGGACGCCUAUCUCUACGGCUACCCCAAGGGCCCCAAGAAGCGCUUUCGAAGUCCCGUCGAAUUCUUUCCGCAUCUAUUAUGGCUUUGCACCGACGAGAACAGCGACAUGAUUAAUUGCACGUGCAAGAUGUGCUCUCCAGCAGGCGAUGUCGAGAAGCCCCAAGUGAAGGUCGAAGUCAAGCAAGAGGCUCCCCCGAUCAAGCGAGAAAUCAGUUCGGGUGGAGCUACAGGAAACAAUGUCAAUGCGGUUGUCCGGAACCAAACAGUUCAGCCUCCCAUUCGAAGACCCUCAACGGGCCCGCCUAUUCCUAGUCCCAUCUCGAAACCAGCUACACCCGCCCCGGUCCCUGUAGCCACCCCCGCCGCACAGCAGAUACGAGCACCUCCGGUUCUGCAGUCAACUCCUCUACCACAGCCGCGGUCCCUUGAACAGCAGGUCGACUUGACAUAUAACAGAUUUCUCUGUCGCACAGGCGAGGCCGUUUGGUUCUUCCGACCCGAAACCGCGGCCUGGGGUCUUGGACUUGUUAUACGAAGAUGGUCAACCAAAGCGAAUCCCGCCGAUAGGUCAUAUCAGAUCCAGCCUCUGUCACAUCCGUUCGAGGCGCCUCCUACAGAAACCGUUCAGUCCGACGCCCAUGUCAAACCAUGGCUUGCCUGGUCUGCCCCAGCUUGCACGUUCCCCUUCUUGCAACAGAACCCGCAAUACGAAUAUGGCAAUACCGAUUGGAAAGCCCUCAUCGAUGGUCAGGGUGGGAAAGGAAUCGCCUCAGUCGACGCUUCCAUCUUAGCUGCUAAAGCUAUCGAUGCUACCUAUACACUCUUCGAACCUCUUAAGACGUCCAAAGACGACAAGGGUAAUCAGUACAGACAGUAUAACGGUAUGUUUCUAGGUGCUGAAAAGAUCUGGAGAGGAGAGGCUGUCCGCUUGCGCGUGGGUAGCGGGACCGAUCUCUUAGUCAUUACCGACAUCAUCGAACAGAGCUUGGUCAACCAAACGAACACAAAGGUGAUUAUAGUCGGCGACCUAUACGGCUAUGCCCUUCUAGAAGCACCGGAUCCCAACCUUCCUCCAAAACCCCCACAGCAAAACAACAACAUCCCCUCGCGCAUGGUCCAGGACAUGUUAUGGAGGAAUCGCAUACUUGUCCCCAAGACACGCUCAGCAGCGUGGUGGAAGCUCCUCCAGCCCUCCUACAAGGUUGAAAUCAACGAAGUCAAGGGCCGGUGGUACGAGACCAGUUUAUUAUUCCAACAGUCUUUCAUGGACGCAGUAGAAAACAACGAAGGCGGCAACGGCAUCUGGAUGAAUUCCCGAGGCGAGGCAACAGGCAAAGCCUGCAUAUCCCAACCCGACCGCAUCGCCGCAUUCGGUGCCUCUAUACCCCCAACAACACAUCUUAUCGAAGGCAUGGACCCCCCUAGCGAAUCGAUCACACAACCCCAGCAGUUACAUAACAGCAUGGGCAUUCCUAUGAACAAUGGGCUGGUUGACCCAGCAUCAUUUUCCAUUGACGAUUUCAUGCACGUCGACCACCUCGGUGACGACACGGGCAUGGAGUAUAAUGGAAACAACCAUUUUACUUAUUAA